GUCACACCGCGGUCGGUUGAACCGUUUACUCCUGGACCUGGACCUUCACCUGGACCUGGACCUGGUCUUUACGGAGGAUUCUAACCGCGUCGCUCCGCCGUUCCGGUGUUCCGCUGCAACCGGCGACCGUGUUAACUGGUGACCGGCAGCCCAGCGCGUCCGUUGUCGCCGUCGGGAGGUUGUCGCUCUUUCACGGCUCUCCUGUCUGAAGUCUCGCUCCGGGGGUCCGCCAUCCUCAACCCCCAGCCGGCGGGGACUUCCGUUCAACAUGGCCGACAUCAAGAACUUCCUGUACGCCUGGUGCGGGAAGAAGAAGCUGACCCCCAGCUACGACAUCCGAACUGCAGGCAACAAGAACCGGCAGAAGUUCAUGUGUGAGGCCCGGGUGGAGAGCUACAGCUACACCGGCAUGGGGAACUCCACCAACAAGAAGGACGCUCAGACCAACGCCGCCAGAGACUUCGUCAACUACCUGGUCCGGACCGGAGAGAUGAGGGCGGAGGAGGUCCCGGCCCCGGGGGGCGGGGCCCCGCCCUGUGACCCGCCUGACGGAGGAGCAGGAGGAGCAGCAGGAGCAGCAGCAGGAGCAGGAGGAGCAGACGGGGGCUUUGGGAGCCUCCCCUCCAGCAGUCCUCUGCCACCUCACCUGGUGCUGAAAUCAGAAAACGAGGAGGGCGAGAGCUGCAGGCCGGUACCAGGAGUGACUGGACUUGGCUACUCAGGAGGAGGAAACUCUGGGUGGAGAGGAGGAGGAGGAGGAGCAGGAGGAGCAGGAGCAGGAGGAGCAGGAGGAGAAUGGAGCGGAGGAGCCAACCUAAAGGAGUACUACGCCAAGAGAGACGAACAGGAAGCACAAGCGGAGUCCGAGGAGGUGGACCUGAAUGCUAGUCUUCAUGGUAACUGGACGCUGGAGAACGCAAAGGCCCGGCUGAACCAGUUCUUCCAGAAGGAGAAAACCAGCGCCGAGUAUAAAUACAGCCAAGUGGGACCGGACCACAAUAGGAGCUUCAUCGCUGAGAUGCAGCUGGUGGUCCGGCAGCUGGGCAGAAAGGUCACGGCCCGGGAGCACGGCUCCACCAAGAAGCUGGCGGCCCAGUCCUGCUCCCUGUCUCUGGUCCGCCAGCUGUUCCACCUGCAGGUGCUGGAGGCCUUCAGCGGCACCACCCGGAGGAGGGAGGGGCAGCCCCUGGAGGUGUUCGAGGUCCAGGUGCCUGCAGAGCUGCAGCAGCAGCUGGUCCGCAUGGUCCAGGACCUGGGAGUCCACGUCCCCCCAGCCCCCGAAGACCCCUCCCAGCCCGUGUCUCUGGUCCAGGGGAAGCUGGCGUCCUUCGAGCCGGCCCCCCGUCAGAGCGGCGCCGGCGUGGUGCCGUGGUCGCCGCCGCAGGUCAACUGGAACCCCUGGACCAGCAGCAACAUCGACGAGGGACCGCUGGCCUUCUGCACAGCGGAGCAGAUCAGCAGAGACCUGCAGGAGGAGCUGCUGCUCCAGCAGGAGCACGACCUCAACCUGCAGAAGAUCCUGAGUGAGAGGGAGCAGCUCCCGGUGAGGCGUUUCCAGGAGGAGGUGCUGUCUCUGGUGCAGGCCCACGCGGUGGUGCUGGUGCGGGGGCCGACGGGCUGCGGUAAGACCACCCAGGUGCCCCAGUAUAUCCUGGACUCCUUCAUCCGGGGGGGCCGCGCCUCGGACUGCAACAUCGUGGUCACCCAGCCCAGGAGGAUCAGCGCCGUGUCGGUGGCUGAACGCGUCUCCUUCGAGCGAGGGGAGGAGGUGGGGAGGAGCUGCGGCUACAGCGUCCGCUUCGAGUCCGUCCUCCCUCGGCCGCACGCCAGCAUCCUGUUCUGCACCGUGGGGGUUUUGCUGAGGAAGCUGGAAUCAGGAAUCCGAGGCAUCAGCCACGUGAUCGUUGACGAGAUCCACGAGAGAGACCUCAAUACAGACUUCCUGAUGGUGGUCCUCAGGGACGUGGUCCAGGCCUACCCUCAGGUCCGGGUCCUCCUCAUGUCGGCCACCAUCGACACCUCCAUGUUUAGGGAAUACUUCUUCAACGCGCCCGUCGUAGAGGUGUGCGGACGCACCUUCUCUGUUCAAGAGUACUUCCUGGAGGACUGCAUCCAGAUGACCCACUUCGUUCCUCCGCCGCUGGACCGCAAGAAGAAAGACAAAGAGGAGGAGGGAGCGGAGGAGGAGGAGGCCAACUGUAACGUGGUGUGUGGUCCGGAGUACUCGGAGGAGACCCGGCGCUCCAUGGCCCAGAUGAGCGAGAAGGAGACGUCCUUCGAGCUGGUGGAGCAGAUCCUCAAGUACCUGGAGACGCUGCCGGGCCCCGGGGCCGCGCUGGUGUUCCUGCCCGGCUGGAACCUCAUCGCCUCCAUGCAGAGACACCUGGAGGCCAACCCGCACUUUGGAAGUAGCCGGUACCGGAUCAUGCCGCUCCACUCCCAGAUCCCCCGUGAGGAGCAGAGGAGGGUCUUCGAGCCGGUCCCAGACCACAUCAGGAAGGUGAUCCUGUCCACCAACAUCGCCGAGACCAGCAUCACCAUCAACGACGUGGUCUACGUCAUCGACUCCUGCAAGCAGAAGGUGAAGCUCUUCACGGCCCACAACAACAUGACCAACUUCUCCACCCUCUGGGCCUCCAGGACCAGCCUGGAGCAGCGGAGCGGCCGGGCGGGCCGCGUGAGGCCGGGCUUCUGCUUCCACCUGUGCAGCCGGGCCCGGCUCCAGAGGCUGGAGACCCACAUGACCCCAGAGAUCCCUUCAUGGCCCCUCCUCCACGAGGUGGCCCUGAGCACUGCUGGACGCCUGCAGGAGGCGGAGACCCACGCCCAGAGGUUUAAGGCUGAGAGGCCCAAGUACUGA